AAUCAGAGUAGUCUUCUUCCCCAGUUGCCGCUCUUUGAAAUCGCAACUCACUCGCCGUCUCUUUCUCUCUCUCUCUCUCUCUCUCUCUCUCUCUCUCUUUAAGCUUCUCUUCACUCUGAAAACCUCAGAUCGCAAAUAUGCAAGCACCGGUCCUCGUACUCAGCGAUUCGUUAAAGCGUGAAUCUGGAAGAAAGGUUCAUCAUGGUAAUAUCCAAGCUUCCAAGGCUGUGGCUGAUAUCAUUCGUACGACGCUGGGUCCUCGUUCUAUGUUGAAGAUGCUUCUUGAUGCUGGUGGAGGGAUUGUUGUUACCAAUGAUGGAAAUGCUAUUCUUCGUGAGCUAGAUGUUGCUCAUCCUGCAGCUAAGUCAAUGAUUGAGUUGAGCCGUACACAAGAUGAAGAAGUUGGUGAUGGGACAACAUCAGUUAUCGUUCUAGCUGGAGAAAUGCUUCACGUUGCAGAAGCAUUUAUUGAAAAGAAUUACCAUCCCACAGUCAUAUGCCGAGCUUACAUUAAGGCUCUCGAAGAUUCUAUUGCUGUUCUUGACAAAAUUGCUAUGUCAAUUGAUAUCAAUGACCGUUCUUCAGUGCUAGGAUUAGUCAAGAGCUGCAUAGGGACAAAGUUCACUAGCCAAUUUGGAGAUCUAAUUGCUGAUUUGGCCAUUGAUGCCACCACUACUGUUGGUGUUGAUCUUGGGCAAGGUUUGAGGGAGGUAGAUAUUAAAAAGUACAUCAAAAUUGAGAAGGUUCCUGGUGGUCAGUUUGAGGACUCUGAGGUUCUUAAAGGAGUUAUGUUUAACAAAGAUGUUGUUGCUCCUGGUAAAAUGAAAAGAAAGAUAGUUAACCCACGUAUCAUUCUUCUCGACUGCCCCCUUGAGUACAAGAAAGGUGAAAAUCAAACCAAUGCUGAGUUGGUCAGAGAAGAAGACUGGGAAGUGUUGUUGAAGCUGGAAGAGGAAUACAUCGAGAACAUUUGCGUGCAGAUACUAAAGUUCAAACCUGAUUUAGUUAUCACAGAGAAGGGUCUUAGUGACUUGGCCUGUCACUAUUUCAGUAAAGCUGGGGUUAGUGCAAUCCGAAGGUUGAGAAAAACUGACAAUAACAGAAUCGCCAAGGCUUGUGGAGCAGUAAUUGUGAACAGACCCGACGAACUGCAGGAGUCUGAUAUUGGUACAGGGGCUGGCUUGUUUGAGGUCAAGAAAAUAGGAGAUGAUUUCUUUUCUUUCAUUGUUGAAUGCAAAGAACCCAAAGCGUGUACUGUACUCUUAAGGGGACCAAGUAAAGAUUUCAUCAAUGAAGUGGAAAGAAAUUUACAGGAUGCCAUGUCUGUUGCAAGAAACAUUAUCAAAAACCCAAAGCUCGUUCCUGGUGGAGGAGCCACAGAAUUAACCGUCUCUGCCACAUUAAAACAGAAGAGUGCAACAAUCGAAGGCAUAGAGAAGUGGCCAUAUGAAGCAGCUGCCAUUGCUUUCGAGGCUAUUCCACGAACCCUGGCUCAAAACUGUGGGGUUAACGUGAUCCGUACUAUGACUGCAUUACAAGGGAAGCACGCAAAUGGGGAAAACGCGUGGACCGGUAUUGAUGGGAACUCUGGUUUAAUAGCUGAUAUGAAAGAGUGCAAGAUAUGGGAUUCAUACAAUGUGAAGGCGCAAACAUUCAAGACGGCGAUAGAAGCUGCGUGUAUGCUUCUGAGGAUCGAUGAUAUAGUGAGUGGUAUCAAGAAGAAGCAAGCUACUGGAUCUGGACCUUCAAAGCCUACCAUUGAGACAGAAGGAGAUGCAGACAACGAGCAAAUUCUUCCCGACUAAGAGAAGAGAAACACUUCAGUCAUAAUAACCCAAAUCUUUGUUCUCACUUGUUUUAACUAUUUCAUCGGGUUCCUGGCUUCAAUCUCGACUUUUUGGCUACCAUAUCUUAGGUGAGAUAAGAUUUUGAUGGUGGAGGGUUUUUUUCUUUUCUUUUUGUCAUCUUCUGAAUGCUUAGCUUUUUUGAAUUUUCGUAGUCACUUUGUUGGGUUUUUUUUAGAGUGCGGCUAGUUGUUAUUGUCUUUAUGAAAUUUCUGGGAGUUAAGACUUUUGUUUAGUUUGUGUCGUUUUUUGUUGGAAUAUCUAAAAAAUACUUCGACGGGAUUGUUUUAGUUGACCGCUAUUGUCAAA